UUACUUUCUUAAACUGUUUUGCUGUGGUACGCAAACGAGUCUCUAAACUUUUUGCCUAUAAGUUCAUAUCAUACUUCCAACAUGGCAAACACGAACAACAGCUACGCACUGUUACCGGCUGAUCCGAUCAAAUUACUUUUUCAGAUAGCUUUAUGUAUUUUACUUAUAAUACCGACAGUUCUAUUGGCAAUGGUCAAACAAAUUAUCGGAUCUCAGAAAAAAAUAAUCAGAGGUCAAAUAGUCGUGAUUACCGGAGCCGGCCAGGGUUUGGGGCGUGAGCUUUCCAUGAGAUUCUACAGGUUGGGCGCCAAAGUGGCUUGUGUGGACGUGAACGGCGAUAGUGCCAUCCAAACGGCUCAAGCGAUCAAAGAUGCCGGUGGUGUGGCCAGAGCUUACGCAGUAGAUGUAACCAAGAGGGAUCAGAUCAAAUCAAUGCACGAGGCGAUCAAAAAAGAGUGGGGUCAGGUGGACAUAGUGGUGAAUAACGCGGCGAUAGUUAAAGGUCACUUGUAUGUCACCCCCAACUCCGACAAGAUCAUCGAAGACAUUGUGGACGUCAACUUACUAGGACAAUAUUGGGUAAACAGAGAAAUACUUCCGUCAAUGCUAGAAAGGAAUAGCGGACAAAUCGUCGCUAUAUCGUCCAUGUCGUCGAUGAGCGGACUGGCUAGCGCGUCCUCGUAUGCGGCCACCAAGUGGGCGACAAACGGUAUGAUGGAAUGUUUGCACAACGAAUUGAAAUCUCUCAACUCGAACGUAGUGUCCACGACGGUGUGUCCGUACUUCAUAGAUACCACCCCGGACAUUUCCACCUCCUGGGAACUUAGACUACCCGCAAUGCCAACCUCGUAUGCCGCUGAAAUAAUAAUGAAUGGAAUACUUGAAAACCGGAGGAUAUUUUCAGUGCCCAACCACUUAAUGUGUUUAGUGGCGUUUGGCAGGUUAUUACCAGACAAUUGGCAAGAGUAUGCAAGUAAAAUAUUCAGUGUGAAAAUCUUACCAACGCUUGAUGAUAAGGAAGUUGAAAAAAAUUAUCGAAUUAAGAGUUCGGCUGAAGUAUAGCAUAAUGAUAUUAUAUUAUAAGUUAUAACAAUGUUGAAGACACUAAAAUUAAAUUUAAACUAAAUAUUUUGUACACUGCGACUUCAUUAGCUAAUGGCAAAAAGUAACAAUUGUAUGUUAUGAAUAACUGCAAUAAAUAUGCUUAUAAUUCGUUUA